ACCUGGCCCAGCUUCCGAUUACCGCUGCUCCGGCCACUGCCGGCUUGCGCCCAAAGCUUGCUGGGUUCAGCGCGACUCACGAUGCGUAGCGGGCAGUGCGCAGCGGGGGCCCCGGUGCUUCAGUUCACCAACUGCCGCAUCCUGCGUGGCGGCACGCUCCUCAGGGAGGAUCUGUGGGUGCGCGGGGGCCGAAUCCUGGACCCAGAAAAGCUGUUUUUUGAGGAGAGGCGUAUGGCUGAUGAGCAGCGGGACUGCGGAGGCCGCAUCCUGGCGCCUGGCUUUAUCGAUGUGCAGAUCAACGGUGGAUUUGGUGUUGACUUCUCCAAGGCCACGGAGGACGUGGGUUCGGGGGUCGCCCUAGUGGCCCGGAGGCUCCUGUCCCACGGUGUCACCUCCUUCUGUCCCACCCUGGUCACCUCCCCACCAGAGGUUUAUCACAAGGUCCUUCCGCAGAUCCCUGUGAAGAGUGGAGGUCCCCAUGGCGCAGGGGUCCUCGGGGUGCACUUGGAGGGCCCAUUCAUCAGCCGGGAAAAGCGGGGUGCACACCCUGAGGCCUAUCUCCGCUCCUUUGAAGCCAAUGCUUUUCAUGAUGUAUUGGCCACAUAUGGGCCCCUGGACAACGUCUGCAUUGUGACACUUGCCCCUGAACUAGACCGGAGCCAUGAGGUGAUCCAGGCACUGACAGCCCAAGGCAUCCGAGUGUCUCUAGGGCACUCGGUGGCUGACCUGCGGGCUGCAGAAGUGGCAGUGCAGAGUGGGGCCACCUUUAUUACUCACCUCUUCAAUGCCAUGUUGCCUUUCCACCACCGUGACCCAGGCAUAGUAGGACUCCUGACCAGUGACCAGCUGCCCCCAGGCCACUGCAUCUUCUAUGGGAUGAUUGCCGAUGGCAUACAUACCAACCCUGCAGCUCUGCGCAUUGCUCACCGGGCCCAUCCCCAGGGGCUGGUGCUGGUCACUGAUGCUGUCCCUGCCCUGGGCUUGGGCAAUGGCCGCCAUACGCUGGGACAGCAGGAGGUGGAGGUAGAUGGGCUAAUAGCAUACAUCGCAGGCACCAAGACACUGGGUGGCAGCAUAGCCCCCAUGGAUGUGUGCGUCCGGCAUUUCCUGCAGGCUACAGGCUGUAGUGUGGAGUCCGCUCUGGAAGCUGCAUCCCUCCACCCUGCCCAGAUGCUGGGGCUGGAGAAGACCAAGGGGAGCCUGGACUUUGGUGCUGAUGCAGACUUUGUGGUGCUCGACGACACUCUCCAUGUCCAUGCCACUUACAUCUCUGGUGAACUGGUGUGGCAGGCAGAGGAAGCUGGGCCGUGACUGAGGGUCUUGGCUGGAAAGGACACUUGGAGAGGCCAGGCAGUCCACGGAGCUGGUCUCCAGGGAGCAAGCUGAGAGCCCUGCCCUAUGUCUAAAACAGAACCUCAGUCAUCACUCCUGGAGUGGAGGCAGUGGCUUGGAUAAAUACAGACAGCGGGACUUGCCUCGUCUGCGUCAUGCUUUGAGCUAUGCUUGUGUUCAGCAGGCUGCUGGUGUCUCUGCUGUUGCCCUGAGACCUGGGACCUGGAAGAGCUGGAUGCUAUGUGGGAGCUUCUCUGUAGGUCAGAUCUGUUUUGAGGCCUAUAGA